UCGCGAGAUGCCGUACUCUGGAAUCCGGAAGCAGAGCUGCUGUCAUCUAAACAAACAACAUGGGCUGAUUUUGAAAGAUGUCAUCAAGAGGCUAGACUUUUUCUCUAGCCUUGCACACCCGUGCAUGUCUAGAGAAGGUGACUGUUAGGAAUUGACAGAUUUUUAAGUUACGUUUUUUUUUUAAAUUAGCCAACAUGGCUCGUGACGAAGACGAAGAGGAGCUGACGGUCGAUGCACCCAAGGAGGUGGACAUGUUUACAUCGGUGCGUUGCCUGGGUUACCUGUCCAGCUUCACCCUCCUGGUGGCGGUGUGCGUUGGCAUGUACGUCCGCUGGGAGGUGACAGAAGAAGCGAUGAUCAUGGUCAUCUUCAUCCUGGGCCUCGUCGUCCUGGGGAUAGCCAGCAUCCUCCAUUACUACUUUGCCAUGGAGAAAGCCAGUCUCAGCUUGUUCCAUUUGUGGUUUGGCUUUUUGCUCGGCCUUCUGUGUUUCUUCAACAGCACCGCCUUGGAUUCAAAUGUCAAGGAACUGGUCGCCAACUAUCUCCUUUUAGCCAGUGUAACCAUGAAGACGAUAUGGGCUUUAACUGAGAGGAUAUGCAGCUCUAUCCGGUACAAACCCACUUUGCUUACAUCAAGUGAGUUCCUGGAGCUCCUGGGAUUUGGCAUUGCCAGCACUGCUAUGCUUCUACAUAAGUCAGUGGCUAUAAUAGGCAUGGUGGUGGCCCUGGGGGCUCUCAUUGUGGACCUGAGGAUGAAAUCUCUCCUGGCUUUGCCUAACCUGGUCAGUUUUGCCUUGGUUACGUCUCUGGUGUUUUUCAAAGCUUUAGACAUCACUGCCAACCCUUACGCUCUAGGCUGCUACCUGGGCAGGCAGCUGUGUGAGCCCGUGCUGGACGUGUACUUCAGCGGGCUGGGGCCCAGUGACCGCUGGAGACCGGUGCUCUCCCUGGGGAGGGUCUGGAGGAGGCUGUCCCUGCUGCCUCUCAGUGUGACUGAGUUGGCCUUCUUCGUCCUGGCUGCCCUAAAGCUUGGCCACUUGGAGCUCUGGUAUUUGGUGAUCCCUGGGUUCUGCCUCUUUGGCCUUUUCUGGUUCAUCUGCCACAUAAUAUUGCUGAUGACACUAUGGGGCUUCCACACCAAGCUGAGCGAGUGUCAGAAGGCCUGGCGGGCGCAGCGAUCCAGUAGCCGGAGCCUCGACCAAGUCAUGGCCUCCAGGGGCAUCCGACACUUCUGCCUCAUUUCAGAGCGGCUGGUGUUCUUCAGUAUUCUGUCAACAAUCAUACUGGGAGCUGUGUCCUGGCAGACUUCCAACGGCCUGUUCCUCAGCGCUCUGCUGGUGGUGCUUCCUCUGGAGUCUCUGACCCACGGCUUGUUCCACGAGCUGGGCAGCUGCCUAGGGGGAACCUGUGUUGGCUACGCUCUGGUCAUACCGACUGCCUACUGCAGCGCUGAUGGGCAGCCCACCCUCCUGCCCCCUGAGCAGGUGCAGCAGCUCAACAUGCGCUCCACGGGGAUGCUGAACAACGUGCAGCGCCUCUUCUCCCACCACAUGAUCCAGACGUUCGGUUGUGACUACUCCACCAGCGGGGUCACGCUGGAGGCCGUGCUGACCAAGCUGCGCAGCUUCCUGGAGCUCCGGACGGAAGACGGACCCCGCCAUGACACCUAUCUGAUUUUCUACAGUGGGCACACGCACAAAGGCACUGGGUCUUGGGCUCUGGCUGGAGUUGAGAGCUUCCACCUGGGCCAGCUGCUGGAGUUGUGGAAGGAGAAGAACGCCGGCCACUGCUCCCGCCUCAUCAUCGUCUUGGACACUGAGAACUCCCUCCCCUGGGUGAAGGAGAUACGCAGGAUGGAGGGCGUCUACGUGGCCGCACAAGGUGCCGAGCUGGCCGUCACCAGGGUGGACCCCGAGGGUGGAGACAUCCCCAUCCUGGGAGACUUCACCUCCGAGUGGGUGGAGUUCAACUGCAACCCAGACAGCGACACCCAGUGGUCGGACAAGGGGAGGACCGUGAUGGCGGCGUACGGCGUGUCCAAACGCUGGAGCGACUACACGCUUCACCUUCCCACAGGAAGUGACGUGGCCAAGCAUUGGAAGACGCACUUUCCCAAGGUUACAUAUCCCAUGGUGCACCUCUCCAACUGGUGCUGUGGCCUGAACCUGUUCUGGUUGUGUAGCGUGUGUCUGCGCUGCUUCAGGAGGUGUAAACUAGCCUGGUUCCCUCCAGCUGUUCUGGACACUGGGCAGGGCAUCAAACUGGUGCACUCUUAAUAAUGAAGGAAAGUGACAUUUACAUUUUGACAGCUGGGUACGAGGUGUAUAUAAACAAAAUAAUCUCCUUUUAUAGUAUAUAACAGGAGAUAUUAUGUAUCAUGCUUGAUUGCUGUAAUGUCAUUUUUUUGGUAAGAUAUGUCACAAUUACAGUGGAUAAAAUCAAGUGAAGCGCAUUACUAUGGUUUCUUAAUAUAUGGUAUUUGGUAAAAGACCAAAUUGGGUGUUUUUGUUAAAGGUUUAUAUUUUUUGGAUAUCAUGCUUUUGAAAGUUGUUUCUGCCAUUAAUGCCUUACUAUUGCUUUGGAAAAGUUACUGGUUGCCUUUUUUUGUAUUUAGUGCCUUGAAAACGCACAGGAGAUGGGUUGGGAUCAUCGUUAAUGCCAUGUAAUGUUUAAAUGUAUGUAUAUAUUCCUUCACCUUUUAUAUAUGGAGCUCACAAUCUUAACUUAAACUGUGUGAGCAGGGAGGGAGGGUCUCGGUGUCUUAAAGCCUUUCAGCUGGAUAGAUCAAAAACUGUGCGGCUGAACUCUGGUUACGGCAAGAUCGAACCACAAGGCCAACCUGCCAAUCUUCACUUUCACACAGGGUACACAAUUAGCACCACCCACCAGAUACAUGUAUUAAAGUGGCUGCUAGUUAAAUUUUCAAGCCAUUUUGCAAGCUGCUUUCAAAUAUUCCAGAAAUGCAUUUAUUCCUGAAUUGCAAAAGCGACAGAUGCAUCGGCUAUGAUACUUUAUAUAAUACCUAGAUACACUGACCCUGUAUGGGGUGUUGUCCGGUUUAUUUAAACAAAUGAAUUCAAGUUACUUGCUGUACAAACACGCACUACUAAUAUUUCUAGCUAUUGUCCUUUCUACGCUGUGAAAAACCUUAAACUCUUGCUGCCUUAAAGUUUGUGUUUCUCUGAGGUCAAGUUGCCUUUUCCACACGUUACUUCCCCUUGUGCCUCGCUUGAGUUAUACCUGACAAUGUCAAAAUAAAAAUGGGAAAAUAAACGGAGUAAACUUUG